AUGAAGCUGAACGAGAGAAGUGUGACCCACUAUGCACUAAGCGACUCCCCAGCGGACCACACAGGCUUCCUGCGCACAUGGGGAGGCCCAGGGACCCUGUCCACUCCCAGUGGCCCUGGCCGAAGAUGCUGGUUUGUCCUCAAGGGCAACCUGCUGUUCUCCUUCGAGAGCCGUGAGGGCCGGGCCCCUCUGAGCCUGGUGGUGCUGGAGGGUUGCACUGUGGAGCUGGCUGAGGCUCCAGUGCCUGAAGAGUUUGCUUUCACCAUCCGCUUUGAUGCCCCUGGUGUGCGGCCAUACCUGCUGGCUGCAGAUGGACCAGCGGCCCAGGAGGCCUGGGUGAAGGCGUUGUCUCGGGCAAGCUUUGGCUACAUGCGCCUGGUGGUGCGUGAGCUGGAGAAUCAGUUACGUGAUGCCCGCCAGAGCCUAGCCUUGCAUCACGGAUCAUUGUGGAAGGCUGGCGCCAGCCGCUGUAAAUCCCAGGCUCCUAACCACUGUUUCCGGGGCCUGGAGAAUGGCCACUCUGCCCCCAAUGACAGCAAUCCUGUGGGCUUGCCUGACUGCAGCAGACCAUCAGGGUGGGCCUCAGCUGAGUGGGACUUACAGGGUCCUGCUAACCUCCUCCUAGGCAGGGGACAGAGCCCUGUGUCCCCUGAGACCUCUUGCUUCUCUACCCUACACAACUGGUAUGGUCAGGAAAUCAUGGAGCUGAGGCGGGGCUGGCUGCAGAGGGCCCAGCGGGGCACACUAGAAUUGGAGAAUAAGAACAGGCCCUGA